AUGAAGCUGAGAAGGGCCGACACAACUAUCGGUGAUGACCAAGAGCUUGCCAACGUUACCUAUAAUGACAAGUACGUUGUGGUCUACGAUUUUGGCAACGUAGAGCACGAGACUGCUGUCACGGACUUCACAACAUUAAUCAAAGACUUACACUCAGCGGGACUGAACACAGAAGUACGACAUGGAUAUGAUCAAUCCCUCCUGGUGUUUGUGCAGGCACCCCGAGAGUUGCUCGGUAAUACAGUGUACAAGUCACGAGUAAAGGAUUGGCUCUACGGUAUUACCAAGCAACACCCUGGUGGUACGGCUUCCAGCGUGGUUGCAGCUGAUUUCGAGGCCGAAGACCUACUAUCGGUGUUCCACCUAGUAACGUUUGGGAAAGAGCUCGGAGGAGCAGGUAUUACCCCAGGUUUCGGCCAGUGGGAGAACGUAUCUUCCGUCUUCGCACUUCACAACCAGCCCGUCAACAACCGACUGCUCACGCACUUGAGCAGACGCUUUUUUCUCGAUCUCAAAGACCUCGACCAAAUCCGCGAUUUGUGGGGAUCAAAGGUCGCAUUCUAUUUCGCGUUCCUGCAGACCUAUUUCCACUUCCUCGCGUUUCCAUGCGUAGCUGGUGUUGUUGCAUGGGCAGUCUUGCCUCAAUAUUCGCUACUAUUUGCUCUGAUGAUAGGUGUGUGGUGCACUGUCUUUCUCGAACACUGGAAGAUCAAACAACAAGACUUGGCUAUUCGCUGGGACGUCCGAGGUGUUGGCAAUCUGAAGGCCAAUCGUCCGCAGUUUCAACAUGAAAGUACUUUACUUGAUGCUGCGGGAAGGGUUAUACAUUAUUUUCCAAGAUGGAAACGCAUUGCUCGUCAGCUACUUGUCGUUCCGUUUGUACUUGUCAGCACCUUGUUCUUAGGCGCACUGAUCACCAUCGUCUUUGCUAUUGAGACUUUCAUUAGCGAGGCUUACGAUGGUCCUUACAAAUUCUACCUUGAAUAUCUUCCCACCGUGCUACUCGGUGUUUUUCUACCGUAUGCCACGAGCUUCCUAGAGGAUAUUGCUGACAAGUUGACCGAAUACGAAAACCACCGAACGGCCGAUCAUCACGAGAUGUCUUUGACACAGAAGAUCUUCGUCCUCAAUUCUAUUACGAACUAUCUGCCGAUCUUCAUUACCGCGUUCCUGUACGUCCCAUUUGGCAGCCGAGUCAUACCUAUGCUGCAGUACUGCAUCGACACGGUGUUAGGCAGCAAAGAGCGAGGAGCCAUCAACUUCAAGGCCGAUCCAGAUAGGUUGCGAAACGAAGUCAUUGCACUCACCCUGACGGGACAAGUGUCUGGUGCCAUCGAGGAAUUGGCCCUGCCCUGGUUCAAGACACAGUUUAAGCAGUGGUGGCGCGACCGCCAGGAAACAAAGGUGCACCAGCGGGGAAGCUCGGUCCAACACUUCGCGCCAGAUGACCCUGGCGAAGCAAAGUUCCUUCGGAGAGCAAGAAAACAAGCACUCAGGUCUGGGUACAAUGUACAGGAUGAUGUCGCGGAGAUGGUCAUACAGUUUGGCUACUUGGCCCUGUUCAGUCCCGUUUGGCCCCUUGUACCCAUUGGCUUCUUCAUAAACAACUGGUUUGAGCUCCGCUCUGACUUCCUCAAGAUCUCUGUAGAGUAUCAGCGACCUGCGCCUGUGCGCAGUGAUGGCCUUGGGCCGUGGAUUUCUAGCCUGGAAGCCUUGACUUGGCUUGGCAGCUUAUCAAGCGCUGCCAUUGUACACCUUUUCGGGUCCCAGAAGUUCAUCGAAGAACGCUUGGGCUGGGGCCUGUGGGCUAGUCUUCCAAUCACAAUCUUGAUAUCUGAGCAUAUCUUUAUGGGCUUCAGGGCUGGCGUACGCUUCGCGCUCGCUAAGCUUGGUUCAGAGCAAAUCAGGAAAGAGAGAGCAGAAGAAUAUGUGAAACGCAAGCGCAUCUUGGACGAACUUGAAGCAAAUGCGGAGAAACCAUCUACUCUAGGCGUGGCGGAGAUUCAAAGGCGUAAAAGUGUCCGUAUCAACGCAGCUGAUAUUUUCUGGACGCGGCAAGUUGAUGCAGGUGCCAGCAGAGAUGCAGGAAUGUCGAUCAUCAAAACUGCAAAAGCCGCCCAAGAAGAUAGACUGAUUACUGGAAGGGGAAGGAAGACUGAUUGA